AUGCAAGUUGUGCAGUCUUUUCUUUAUUUGUGUUCUGCGAAGAUCGAUAAGCUCUCGAUCCUUGGUGUUCGUUCGUUCGACAACACCCGGAGCGAAACCAUACAGUUUCACACGCCUCUGACGUUGAUUGUUGGAUAUAACGGAUCCGGAAAGACUACGAUCAUCGAAUGUCUCAAAUAUGCCACUACCGGCGAGCUACCACCCAACAGCAAAGGGGGUGCCUUCAUACACGACCCCAAGCUAUGUGGAGAGAAAGAGGUUCUGGCUCAGGUGAAAAUAUCAUUCCAGAGCACCUCGGGUGCUAAAAUGGUAGCGACUCGAAGUCUGCAACUCACGGUCAAGAAGUUGACCCGACAACAAAAGACACUGGAAGGACAACUGUUGAUGAUCAAGGAUGGCGAGAGGACGGCUAUUUCGUCCCGUGUCGCGGAACUGGAUCAGAUCAUGCCCCAAUACCUGGGUGUGUCAAAGGCCGUUCUCGACUCGGUCAUUUUCUGUCAUCAGGACGAGAGUCUAUGGCCGAUGAGCGAACCAUCUGUGCUUAAGAAGAGGUUUGAUGAGAUUUUUGAAGCUAUGAAAUACACAAAGGCGAUCGAUAAUAUCAAGGCUCUGAGAAAGAAACAGAAUGAGGAGCUGGCUAAGUAUAAGAUCAUGGAACAGCACUCAAAGGAAGAUAAGGAAAAGGCGGACCGUGCAGAGAAACGAUCCAUUAAGCUGCAGGAGGAAAUCGAAGCUCUCAGGGAAGAAUCACAACGGCUUUCCGAGGAGAUGCGCCGCGUGGCCGAACUGGCUGACAAGGCCUGGAAGGAAUCGGAGAGCUACGCUGAGAUUCUUGGUACACUAGAGGGAAAGCGGAUCGAGGCCAAGAGUAUCCAGACUACCAUCGAUAACAUUAAGCGACAUCUGGUCGAGCUUGACGAUUCAGAUGAAUUCCUCGAGUCCGCCCUUGAAGAAUUCGAGUCGAAGCAAAUGCAGUACCAACAACAGGAGGAGUCAAUGAAGGAGAGAUACAUGGAUAUCAAAGAGCAAAUAGAGCGAGCCAGGCAAGAACUGGGUGUCAAGCAAGCCGAGCUUGGCAAGUGUGAGAGCGACGCAGCCCAUUUUGAGAAGCAGGUUCAGAGGAGGGAGAACAUGAUCAAGGAAAUGGCUCGGCGGAACAAUAUUCGCGGAUUUGAUGAUGCACUUGAUGAUGCGCACAUUCAGGAGUUCGUGAAUCGGAUGCGCAAGUUGCUUAAAGACCAGAACAACAGCCUGGAACGUGCAAGAAAACAAGCCCAAGGGGAGUUGCGAGAAACACAGAAUGUCCUCAAUGAGAUCGGACAACGAAAAUCUGCGUUGCAGGAAUCCAAAAAUGCGGCCAGAAAACAGAUAUCUGCGAACGAUAAGGAUGCCGCAACGUACCAGAAGAGACUUAAUGAGAUCGAUAUCGACGAGGGAAGUAAGGCUGUUCUGGAGUCAAAAAUCGAGGACAUUGAGUCACGGUUAACCCAGGCAAAGGAGCACGCGCGCUCAGCUUCUUGGGAUAAUGAGAUCGAGAAGAUCAACUCGGAGCUUCGUUCUUUGGAAGAUGAGAACUCUAGGCUGAAUACGGAGCUUAUAGAGGGGACCAAGAAGGCAGGUGAUCUGGCUCGCUUGGAUCAUCUGAAGAAAGAACUCAAAGAUCGUGAACGCAGCCUUGAGACGAUGACUGGAGCACACGGUGACAGGCUAUCAAAGCUCAUCGGCCAGAGCUGGCGACCUGAAACCCUAGAGCAAGAUUUCCAACGGAUACUAGACGAAGAGUCAAAGGCAGUGACUUAUGCUGAGCGUGACCGUGAUGGAGUGAGCAGAGAACUCGAACAUGUCGAGUUCAAACUGAAGACUAUAAAGAAGGAUCUCAAGCAAAAGCAGAAGGAACUCGAUAGUUGCAUCAAGAGUAUCCGGGAAGCAAUCGAUGAUGAGCCCGCCGAGUACCCCGAAGUGCUCAAACAACGGCAAGCCCAACUUGAUAUGGCCAAAAAGGAUGCUGAUCAGUACGCUGGAAUGGGUGAAUAUCUCAACAAAUGUCUCGAUGCAGCAAGACAGAAGAAGGUGUGCAGGACCUGUGCGAGACCGUUCAGAACCGAGGCGGAGUUCCAGGCAUUCAAGAAUAAAUUGGAGGCACUUGUGAAGAAGGCAACGCAAGAUGCCGAAGAUGAAAAUAUGCAGCAGCUAGAAGAUGAUCUCGAAAAUGCACGCUCGGUUAACACAGAGUAUGACACUUGGAUGCGUUUGUCGCAGACCGAUAUUCCUGCCUUGGAGAAGGAAGAAGAGGAAUGCGACUCUCAAAAGGAAUCACUGUUGGCCCGCAUAGAAGAUCAUGACAAAGUGGUCAGCGAGAAGAUGGAAAGGAGGAGAGACGUUGAAUCUCUUUCACGAACAGUUUCGACCAUACUCAGACACGAGAGCGAUAUCAAGACGCUUCAGGCUCAGAUCCAGGAGCUUGUUUCCAAGCAACAGGACUCUGGCUCCUCGAGGACUCUGGAAGACAUUCAAGACGAGAUCGCUGGAAUUGGGGAGAAGUCACGCGCUCUGAAGAAGACCCUCACAAAGUUGACGAACGACAAAGAUCAAUCGCGGACCAACAUCAAUAAAUUGGAAUUGGAACUGCGUGAUGUCAAAAGCAGCCUUGAUAAUGCCAACUACCAAUUGGAAAAGAAGACGAGUCUUCUUUCCCGGAUCGAAGAGUACCGAAAUCUGAACGCGCAGCAGAGAGAAGCAAUCGAGAAGGCGGAUCGAGACAUUGAAGCUCUCGCCCCUGAACUGUCGAAAGCCCAAGUGAAGUACGAUGAUAUCCACCAUCGUGCCGAAGCAAGGGAGGCUGAGCUACAGAAGGAGAUCUCUAACCUCUCGGAUAACCUACACCUGCUGGACACUGCAAACGAUGACAUCGAAUCGUACACCGAACGGGGUGGUCCUGAUCGGCUAGAAAAGACUAAAGAGGAGCUUACUCGUGUCGAAGAAGAGAUUAGGGCUUUUGAGACAGAACUCGGAAACAUGACAAGAGAAAUCAACAAGAUCUCCUCUCAAUUGAAGGAUAGUGAGAAUACAAAGCGGCAGUACUCUGAUAACCUGACCUACCGCCAGGCAAACAGGGCCUUGGAAGAAGUCAGAGCAGAAAUCGAGAAGCUGGAGGCACAGAACGCAGAAGUUGAUCGCAGUCGCUUCAAGGAGGAAUCUGAACGGCGCACUCGUGAACACAACGCACUCGCUGCUAAACAAGCUAGCAAGAUGGGCGAGAUGAAAUCAAAGGAUGAUCAACUAAUGCAGCUGCUUGCCGACUGGAAUACGGACUAUAAAGAUGCAGCGGCCAAGUUCAAAGAGGCCCACAUCAAAGUCGAAACGACGAAGGCUGCUGUCGAGGACCUGGCUCGGUACGGAAGUGCAUUAGACAAGGCUAUCAUGAAAUACCACAGUCUCAAGAUGGAGGAGAUCAAUUCAAUCAUUGGUGAACUCUGGCAGAAGACCUACAGAGGUACUGAUGUGGACACAAUUCUCAUUCGUUCUGACAAUGAGAACGCCAAGGGCAACCGAUCCUACAACUAUCGCGUAUGCAUGGUCAAGCAAGACGCGGAGAUGGACAUGCGUGGUCGUUGCAGUGCUGGUCAGAAGGUCCUCGCUAGUAUCAUCAUCCGCCUUGCUCUGGCAGAGUGUUUUGGCGUGAACUGCGGUCUCAUCGCACUUGAUGAGCCAACUACGAAUCUCGAUAGAGAUAACAUCAGAUCUCUUGCCGAGUCACUACACGAUAUCAUCAGAGCGCGUCAACAACAAGCUAACUUCCAGCUCAUUGUAAUCACCCACGACGAGGAGUUCUUGCAUCAUAUGCAGUGUGCCGACUUCUGUGACUACUACUACCGUGUAUCGAGAAACGAGAGACAGAAAUCGAUUAUCGAAAGACAAUCGAUUGCAGAGGUUAUGUAAUUAUGUCUCCAGUAUCAGUCUCUCGAGUUGCGUAUCCUUCUCCAAUUUUAUGUCGUUAUAGCCCGGGAAAUUCCACAUAUAGUGUUCAGUAUCAUUUCUCCGGUUUAGCUUAUCUACCACAAUUCUUUAUAUGCAAGCAUCGGCGUUGUGGUGCUUCGAGGACGAAAAUGCGAAUAAACUCGGGGAAAUCAAUGGGAUCUACUACGUUUUGCUAAAACAUGAUACGAUGCUAAAGAAUAGUAUUAUAUUAUGCUUCAACUCGUUUCAAUAUGCUAAUUCCUCGAAAGUUGUGUGUUCAAGAUAAUUGUUCUAGGAAGAAUGACGUAUCCACUCUCAUAUAACAGGA